AUGACUAUGACUGACUACUACUACAACUAUGUGUACUACUCCUACAACUAUGACUACAGCUACGAUGACUACUACUACAACUAUGAUUACUACUCCUACAACUAUGACUACGACUACAAUGACUACUACCACAACUAUGACUACAGCUACGAUGACUACUACUACAACUAUGACUACAGCUACGAUGACUACUACUACAACUAUGAUUACUACUCCUACAACUAUGACUACGACUACAAUGACUACUACCACAACUAUGACUACAGCUACGAUGACUACUACUACAACUAUGACUACAGCUACGAUGACUACUACUACAACUAUGUCUACUACUCCUACAACUAUGACCAUGACUAUGGUGACUGCGACUACGAUGACUGCUAA